GGGGAGAAUAAGACUCAGAGGACGUGGUGGGCCACGGCUGGGACAAUGCAGCUCCUGGCUUGGUUAAUGGUAGCCAUUUGCUUCCUCCCUGGGGUGACUACAACCCAGCACCGUGCAGCUGCUCUGGUCUGGGCUGGAGCUGGAUAUCAUGGGGCAGCUGCACAUCCAGGACGAGGAACUGGCAUCCACACGUCCAGGCCGCCGGCUCAGUCUCCUCCUGCAGCACCAUGUGCCCAGUGACCUGGAGGGCGCUGAGCAGCGGCUGCAGCAGUUCCAGGACCUGCAGAAGGGACCCCCUCUUAGCCCUUGGGACUUUGAACAUUUGCUCCUCACAGGCCUGUCCUGUGUCUACCGGGUCCACGUGGCUAGUGAGGCUGAGGAGAGAGGUCGCUGGGCCCAGGUCUUCGCCCUCCUGGCACAGGAAACACUCUGGGACCUGUGCAAGGGCUUCUGCCCCCAGGGCCAGCCCCCUUCUCUGGGGCCCUCGGCCUCUAACCUUGACCCCUUCCCCUAACCCUCCCCUUCUGCCUGUCAUUCUCACCCCAGGCCCCUCCACCCCACCCCCUACCUGAGCCAGGGCCCUCCAUCUGGCACCUGGUUCUUCCCACUGUGUUCGGGCCUCUGGGCUCAGCUUGUACCCCGGACCCCAGCUUACCCCUCCCCCAUCUUCUUCCCUGGGCCCAGGCUCUGGGUCCCAGGCAGCAGGCACAGACCUAAGGGCAGGACUUGCAGGCAGUGUGUAUUGGGGGGGUGGGGGCGGGAAGGGUCAGGGUUGAGAAGUGUGUUUAACAGAUGCUGAAAGGGAAGCUCCCAAGUAAGGCCAGGUCAGACCCUCCAACUCCUACCCUGGCACUCCAUGAGAGGCAGGAUCUACAGGAAACUCGUAAGUGCUCAGUGCCCAGACCUAAUGCAGAUACCUCUUUUAAACCCAACCAAGGCUCUGGGGGUCCCUAAGUCUCCAGGUACCCCAUGUGGGCUAGGAGAAUAGACUGGACAUUUUUAGUUCAGUCUGUUGGAGAAAUGGAGGGACGCAGAUGGAGGAACAUUAUCUUCUGGGGGGCAGGGAAGUGAGAAAUGUUUUUUGGUCCAUAUCGACAAGGCUCAGAGGAGGGAGUAAGGCUGGAAGGGGACUGAGGCUGGCUGGUGUAGUCCUGAUCCUGUGUAGCUCAUCCCAUAAAAUGUUC